AUGAUCCGCACGCUCGAGAGCGACUCUAAUGUCAUCAAGCAAUACCGAAAUGCAUUCUCCAGCAUCUAUAAGCAAUCCAAGCAUCCGAAAGAGUUGCACGCCGUCGUUUCAGCAAUCGCCCUGACCCAAGCUCGCCUGACCCCUGUGAUCAUCUCCAAUCUCUUAGGACUCGAUAUUGGAACAGUCAGAGCAAGCAUACAGGAAUUGGGCCAUGUCAUCGAUGCUCAGCACAAUGGACGCUACGACAGUACCAUUUCGCGACUCAAAACUCACAAAUCGGUAUCAUCAUUCUUGCUCAGCGAGCAGUCGCUCGGCGAGCGCUUCCAUGUACCGGGCAGGCUCCAUGUGGUACUUGCAUCCAGGUGUCUGCAAGUGAUUCUCUCGCACGAGCCCACGAUCAAUAUUUGCGAUGUCUACGACUUGCACGACAAAGUGCCCGACUUUGAGGACAAAGUCAAGUCCAAGAUCUCGCCGACGCUCCGGUACAGCGUUGCCUCAUGGAUUUCCCACUUUGUGCAGUACAAAGACGCUGGAUUGAUCGAGCUGCUUUCCCGGUUCGUGUCGAGCCAUGCGUUCUUCUGGCUCGAGUGCGGAUCGCUCAUCAAAUCCAUCAAGCCCAUCAUCGAUCAGCUCGAUAUUCUCUGGGAAGCCAUCGCUCGGGCACCCAACGAUAUCAUCGACAACAAGACCAAUGCGCUCGUCUGGAACAUCAGAAGGUUCCUGCAAGAGUUCUCCGAGCCGAUCGCCGCAAGCGCACCGCAAGUGUACAAUUCGGGAUAUGUCUUCACACCCAAGGACAGCUUGAUCUACAAGACCUAUGCCUCCGCCCUCGAGGACAAGAUGCCGUUCCUGGUCACGGCUGGACUGCCAAGAACCUGGGACUCGGCAUGGGAGCCAAGCCGGGUUUCUAACUGUUUAAUCAGUGGAGCCAUUGUGACCCCACAAGGAGAGUAUAUAUUGGGAAGCGACUCUGAUUGGAAAAACGGAGAUAGUUCUGUUUGGGAUGCUUUCACCGGUCAAUACUACGGCUCGUUGCCAUAUGGAGCCAAUUUCAAAACGGCUCGACUAUCGAACGACCGCUCGUUCUUUGUGGCAUCGACAAGGAGCAGGCUCAUCAUAUGUGAUGCGAAUAAUUACAGUCUGAGGCACACUCUGACCCCCACAUCCGGCGGAGUUCAAUCAUUCGCAAUAACGGAUGAUGAUACCAAGAUAGUGUCUGGAUAUGGUGAUACUGUCGAUAUUUGGGAUGUUGCCACUGGUGAAAGGGAAUCCGGGCUCACAUUGCCAAGACCAAAGGGACGAUGUAAUGUAUACAUCAGUGUGUUGACAACAUUUGCUCGCUCCAAUUGA